AGAUGAGGACUGUGGAGUUCAAAUGUACAAGUGGGGUAAUGUCAGACGACACUACAGAUGAUGUCAUAGUCAACCAGAUGCAAUUUACAGAGGACACCACUACAAAGUUCACAGAAGACACAGUGUGCGCCAACAGCUUCAGUUUCUUGGCGAGUGCCAAGGCAGUGUCCAGCACAAUCAGCCACAUCCUGCUGGAGCUGUCCCUCCCCCCCACUCUUUGCUUACUAUAUCACUGUAAGGUUUGUUGUGUAAUCCAGAGUUCACAGAAGACACAGUGUGUGCCAACAGCUUCAGUUUCUUGGCGAGUGCCAAGGCAGUGUCCAGCACAAUCAGCCACAUCCUGCUGGAGCUGUCCCUAACCCCCACUCUUUGCU